UCCGGGUUGGGCAGUGAAUGGGGGAAGUGCGGGUGCUGCAGAAUUUGUGGGCUGCCAAUCGGGAUUUGCAAGCACAUCCGAAAGGAUACUAGGGGCGUAGAGCCUGUGUGCGAAUUAUUGGUGGUUGCGGGACAAUACUCACCACUGCACCAGCUUGUACUGCACUUAUGGGACUCACCACGUCACCAAGUGAUACUGCAGUGCUGAUAUGUGAAAGACCAGGACGUACUAGGCCACUAGUGUUCGCCAGUUCACCAAAAGGUAGCGCAGCACUAGUACUGGCACUCUGCUGCAUAUGAGUGUCAUCA